AUGAAGAAGACAGACUUUGGGUCUUCGGAAAAAAUAGUGAAGGAUGAGAAGAAGAAGAAAUCACCUACGUUCAAACCAGCUACAGUCAAAGAACUUUCUCAACAGAUUAUUUCACAUAUUUCGAUGACUGUUGUUGAUACACCAACUAUCGAAGCGUCUCAGGAGAAAGAGACUAUUCCAUCUAAGAUGGGGGUUUUUCGCCGACUCAAAUUCAACCGAAAAUCUUCAUCUCAGAUUAUUAAGAAAACUCAAAUCACACAUCAGGGUGUUAUGGUCUGGGAUAUUCCAACCCCUGUUUCUCCGUCGUCGAAAAAGCGAAGGGUUGAGGAUCUUGCAAAGUUUAUUAAGAAGAAUCAAAGGACUGAGGAAGAAGAGCAAGUUCCUGAAACACCUAAAGUCAAAAUUCAAGAAGAAGCGAAGACCAGUCCACCUGUUACUCUUUCGAAGCCUGCUGAUUUGAAAACUGUUGAACACGGUCAUGUUGUCUCUUUACCCCAGGUUACAUCAACUACUGAUUCUCCAACUUUUCAAUCUAUUAUGGAUCAACCGUUCACUACAAUUUUUUCUACUCAAUCUACUGAUCCACUGAACCCAUCUUCAUUGGUUGAUGAAACCAUGGCUACUGAUGCUGGAACUGAUAAUGAAGGCUUUGGAGGAACGUUCGAAGCUCUUCACUUUGAUAAUUCCGAAGAAGAUUUUCCAUACCACAUGCUGAUGACGAUGAAGCAAUUCAAGAUUCUGAAUUCAAAAUUAAAUUCAAUCUAG